UCGGCAGCCCGUUGGAGUUCACCGAGUUCCAGUUGCACAUCUGCAAGACAUUCCUCAUCAUUUUGGGCGUAAAUUUGCUGCUGAUUGGAUUCUACUGGAGAAAGUACGGAAGGAUUAUCACCGAUCGUUUCAUUCGUCCCAGUACCGCAAAAGAAAUCGAAGAACUUAAGCUAUCUGUGGCGCGGCUCAAGCUACCGAAGGAGCACAGCCCAAGGAUCUAAGCCGAAAGACCCGACGCCGUCAAAAUGUCCAACAAGCUAAAGAAAUUCAUCGCCAAGCAGAAGCUUAAGUUCGGUGCCGCAGGCUCCGGCCGAAAGCUCAACUCCGAAGCUCCUCCGCCUGCAAGUUCAUCACGGAAGGGGCAGUCAUCAUCAAGCAGGGACGUCUAUGUACCACCCAAGCGGAAGGAACUCUCGGCUGAGGCGAAGGCAGCCGCCGAAGCCGCAAUGGCACGCGUCCAAGGUUCGACUGAUAGGAAGGAGUUCAAUACCUCGCUGGCGGCGAUAAAGGCGCAGGUUCGGCGGGAACUGGACAUGGAACGCAAAGCAAAAGAAGCAGCUUCACAGGAAGGAUCCAGCGGAGAUAGUAAUUCUGAAGGCGAAAGAAAGGAUUUGGCAGUGCAGGGAGUAUUCUUCCGAUGUCCGCUGAUCAGCGACGAAGUAUUGCCCCGUAAGGAAUGGAAGGUUAAGAUUAGAGAGUUCCUAUACGAACAAAUGCAGCACGAGAAAGGCCUGUCAGCAUGUUUGAUCAUAUACAAUUGUAAUCCCAAAGAAAAGUAUGAACCUUGUGUAGAAACUCUUAUUAAAUGUUUGGAGAACAUAUAUAACAAUCCUAAUGAAGAGAAAUACAAGAAAAUUAGGAUGACCAAUAAAAUGUUCUGCGACAAAAUCAAGGUCUGUGAAGGAGCCUUGGAGCUGUUGCACGCAGCAGGUUUUGCUGAAAUCACCCUAGAUGACGAACCGUACUUGAUUUGGUCGGAGGAGAACAUGGAAGCCGAGACAUCGCUCCAAAGUCUCGUCGAAGCGCUCAAAUGUUCCGAACCCAUUCAUUUGGAGUUGGAUCGGAACAUCCAGGUGCUUUUGCCGUCUCAGGUUCGUAGGACGAACCUCCCGGAUGACUUCUACCGUAUCUCCCCAGAGGAAAUUAAACGCGAACAGCAACGACGCACGCAAGCUUUGGAGGAUGCCCAGAUCCUGAAGACCAAAGCCAUGCGGGAAAAGGAGGAACUCCGAACCCUCAAUCGAUACAAGUUCACGCUGAUAAGGGUUCGCUUCCCGAACGGGUGUUUUCUUCAAGGAACGUUCAACGUGUACGAAAAGCUGUCCCAGGUGUACGAAUUUGUCCAGUCCUGCCUGAUGCACGAGGCUUCGGAGUUUGUGCUGAUCUCACCGACCGAGCAACGAUUCACAGAGGCCGACUUUGACAAGUCACUGUACGACCUCAAGCUGGUCCCCACUAUUCUAUUCAACUUCAGCUACGAAAAUGAAUCCCAGCAGCUCAGUGAUUAUCUAAAGGAAGAACUUAUGCUGCUUAUUCAAUCCAUUUAGAAUGGUUGCUUUUUUUGUUUUAUCUUUUAGUGUUUUUUAGCAUCGGAAAUUGUGCGUACCAAUCUAUACUAUUUAUGUACUCUUUUAGAGGCUAUUAAAUAAAAUAUGCAGACCGAAGAGA